AAGCAGGAAGGAAGAUGGAACCCGGAUUCCUAACCCAGGCUCUUGACCACACAGGGAAGGCGGCCCAGGCCCUGAACCGUCAGCACAGCCAGCGCAUCCAGGAGCUGGAGCAAGAGGCCGAGCGUGUGCGGGCCAAGCUGAGUGAAGGCCAGCAACAACUGCGGGAGCUGGAGGGCAAGGAGCCCCAGGAUGCUGGCGAGCGGUCCCAGCUCCAGGAGUUCCGCAGGAGGGUUGCUGCCGCCCAGAGCCAGGUGCUGAAGGAGAAGAAACAGGCGACGGAGCGGCUGGUGUCGCUGUCGGCCCAGAGUGAGAAGCGGCUGCAGGAGCUCGAGAGGAGCGUGCAGCUCAUGCGACAGCAGCAAGGGCAGCUGCAGAGGCGGCUUCGCGAAGAGACAGAGCAGAAGCGGCGCCUGGAGACGGAAGUGAACAAGCGACAGCACCGCGUCAAGGAGCUGGAGCUGAAGCAUGAACAGCAGCAGAAGAUCCUAAAGAUUAAGACCGCAGAGAUCGCAGCGUUCCAGAGGAAGCGGCGCAGCGGCAGCAGCGGCUCUGUGGUCAGCCUGGAGCAGCAGCAGAAGAUCGAGGAGCAGAAGAAGUGGCUGGACCAGGAGAUGGAGAAGGUCCUGCGGCAGCGGCGGGCGCUGGAGGAGCUGGGGGAGGAGCUCCGCAAGCGCGAGGCCAUCCUGGCCAAGAAGGAGGCCCUGAUGCAGGAGAAGACCGGGCUGGAGAGCAAGCGCCUGCAGUCCAGCCAGGUGAGGUCCUGCCAGGCCCUCAACGAGGACAUCGUGCGAGUGUCCAGCCGGCUGGAGCAGCUGGAGCAGGAGCUGUCCGAGAAGAGCGGGCAGCUGCGGCCGGGCAGUGCUCAGAGCCAGCGCCAGCUCCGUGGGGAGAUCGACACCCUGCGCCGGGAGGACUCGCUGCUGAAGCAGCGCCUGGACAUGGACGGCAAGCUGCGGCAGGGCGGCCUCCUGUCCCCCGAGGAGGAGCGGACGCUGUUCCAGCUGGACGAGGCCAUCGAGGCCCUGGACGCGGCCAUCGACUACAAGAACAAGGCCAUCACGUGCCGCCAGCGGGUGCUGCAGGCCUCGGCCUCCUUGCUGUCCCAGUGCGAGAUGAACCUCAUGGCCAAGCUCAGCUACCUCUCAGCUACCUCUCGUCCUCGGAGACCAGAGCCCUUCUCUGCAAGUAUUUCGACAAGGAUGCUGUCUUAUCAAGAACGCGUUGAGGACAUAAAAUGAAUUGCAGAAAGAAGACUCAUAUUUCAACACAUUAUAGAAUCCUUUAUGAACGUAAUUUUUAGAAGAAAAAUGUUGAAUUAAAAACAUAAGUUUAAGGGGUGGGGGAUGGG